GAGCUAGCAGGCUGCACUUGAGUGGUACCUCUGUCUGCCAUGAAGGUAACAGGGGCUUUCGUGGCUCUGGCCCUGCUCUGCUGCUUGGGUGCUGCCCUUGGAACUGAGAUUGAUUGCAGUACUUAUCCCCAUGGUGUCAGCAAAGAUGGGACAGCUUUUGUAGCUUGCCCGAGGAACUUGAAGCCAGUCUGUGGUACUGAUGGCAACACGUAUGGCAACGAGUGCGGGAUCUGCUUCCAUAACCAGCAGCACAGGGCCAGUGUGGGGAAGGCACAUGAUGGAGAAUGUGACCCAAAACAUAUCCAGGUCGAUUGCACCAGGUACCGAAGCGCUGUAGUAGAUGAUCACGUGCUGGUAGUAUGCCCAAGGAUACUGAAACCAGUCUGUGGCUCGGAUAGCUUCACUUAUGAGAAUGAAUGUGGCAUCUGCGCCCACAAUGCAGAACAUCACACCAAUGUCAGCAAAAUUCACGAUGGAGAAUGCAAGAAAGGACUUGGUUCUGUUGACUGCAGCAAGUACCCAACACAAACGACUGAAGAUGGCAAAGUAUUAGUGUCCUGCCCAAGGAACCUGAGACCAGUGUGUGGCACAGAUGGUGUUACAUAUGAUAAUGAAUGUAUGAUCUGUGCCCACAAUGGAGAACAGAGGACCCAUGUUAGCAAAAAGCAUAAUGGAAAAUGCACACCAGAGACUUCUGAGAUUGAUUGCAGCCAAUACCCACCAAGAACGAUGAAGGGUGGUAAAGCCCUGAUACGCUGCUCACGGAUCCUGGUCCCAAUCUGCGGCACAGAUGGAUUUACUUAUGACAACGAGUGUGGCCUCUGUGCCCAUAACCUGGAACAUGGGACUCAAAUUAAGAAAAAGCAUGACGGAAGAUGCAAGGAGGAAAGCACUCCUGUUGACUGCAGCACAUACCUGAGCAAUACCAAAACUGGCGAAGUAAUUACAGGCUGCCCCUUCAUCCUGAGUGAGAUCUGUGGGACAGAUGGUGCCACCUACAGCAAUGACUGUGCACUCUGUGCCCAUAACAUUCAAUUCGGAACCGAUGUUGCCAAGAAGCAUGAUGGAAGGUGCUCAGAAGUUCCCCAGCUUGACUGCAGCCAGUACCGAACUUCCACACUGAAGGACGGCAGACGGCUGAUGGCCUGCACGAUGAUCUAUGACCCCGUCUGUGGCACUGAUGGUGUGACUUAUGCCAGCGAGUGCACGCUGUGUGCCCACAACCUGGAACAUCGGACCACUCUUGGCAAAAGGAAGCAUGGACGCUGUGAAGAGGACAUCACAAGAGAGCAUUGCAAGGGAUUCAAAGAAAUCUCUCCUGUCUGCACUGCUGAAUAUCUGCCCCACUGUGGCUCUGAUGGAAAAACAUAUGGCAACAGAUGUGGUUUCUGCAAUGCCUAUCUGGAAAGCAAUAGGACUCUCAACCUCAUGAGCAUGACUGAAUGCUAAGUCCAUGCUGGACUCCAGCCCAAGAAGACAUGUUCCUUUGCAUGUGAUUUCCCAUGGGCUGACCUUCCCCAGCAACUUUCCUUCAGUUUGUCUCAUUUCCUUAGCUCCUGAAACACUUCUUCAAUAAACUCACUUGGCAAAGUU